AUGGAACUCAGCCACUCGGGAGCUAGGUACCCUAUGGUUCCCCUCAUCAUCGUCUCCACGUGAGUCUGGUCCCUGUCGAUUAGUUUCGCCAUGCCGAAAUCAGAGACCUUGGCCUCAAACCUUUCGUCAAGGAGGAUGUUCUGGGGCUUGAUGUCCAGGUGGACAAUCCUCUGCGCGCACUCCUGGUGGAGGUAG